UUGGUUCAGGGGCGUUCGUUGGCGCCUUUUCCUUCCACAAAAUACGCUUUUCUUUCCUACACUACUUUACUAAACCGUACAACCAUCAGAAAUGCAUUGCGUUGGGUAUGUCGCGACAGCACUUCUCGUUCUCGUCGACGCCCAGGAGGUAAAGCGAAGCGCUGAUGACAAGGAAUGGCUACAGGGAAUCAACACAUAUGGUGACAUAACGUGCAGGAGGGAGGAUAACUGCAUUGUCGGCUCUGGCUUGGGCUCGUGCAAAGUGAUUGUGGACUUGGCCAUUGCUAUCCCUUUGUCCAUCACCGACUCUUGGAAUGCUUCCUUGGUUGGGUUCAACAGCACUAUGAUAUCAGCACGGUACUCCGUCCCAGUGUCUGACAUCACCAUCACAGGGCAUUCACCAUUGUCGCAUUGGAGUCUCUGUUGGCCGAAAGGUCCCCAAGGGAGCAAAUCCCGAAUCAUGCGAGAAGCUGGCCUAGGUGAUUACUGCUACUUUGUCGACAACCACUGUUUUCUGUGGGCUUCUCCGUGCUCUGGCGGGUGUUCUACGCUUCGGGAGCUUUCCGAGUACAAGUCGUUUUGCCCUGGACUGCGCUACGCCACACCAGCGGAGUUCGAGCUUGCUCUGCCUUCUUUGAAUGCCAACAGACAGGAGUUCUUCAGUAGAUGCGCAGCUGAACCGCUGGAUCCAUUGUGGAACCAUUGCGACUACGCGAAUGAAUUCGCGCGGGUUCCGGACAACGGCUGGAAAGAUUUGGUCUUGAUAUGCGAUUUCUCUUCAACUCCCAGCCCGACUUGGCCCUUGCUGUCCACGUCGGCCGCUGGGGCAUGGCCGUGGAUGCCCACGUCCGCUACUGGGACAGGGGCCUGGAUGCCCACGUCGGCCACGGGGACAGGAGCCUUCACGCCCACGUCGGCAACUGGGGGUGUGGCCACAGCUCCCAGUCCGACGCCUGUGCCGCUGCCCCCAGCUCCGGGUCCGGGGCUUGUCCCGUGCGGUCUGACGGGUGGCUACAGCAUGUGGCCAUCGGAUCCAACGUGCGCGAGCUGGGUCCAAGGAGACGGCCAAGGCGGAGGCCCUAAUACCUAUGUGGGCACUACAGAGUCUUGCCAUCACUGCAUCGUGUUGGUCUUGACGAACUACCCGAACUCCAGGGGAGCUACAUAUCGAACCCCUGGCUCAAGUACGCAAGCUGGUGAGUGCUAUGCCGAAGACGCGUGGUGGUUCCCAGAUGGAGAUCCGGAUUGGAUCACUAUCCCUGUAAUUGCGUCUUUGCAGUAUUACACCGAUCUUGCGUCAGAUCCAUGCAGUCCAGCCUUCGGCAUGACCAUGAAGCCAACGCCCAGCCCGACUGCUCCGACUCCCAGUCCGACUUCCAGUCUUAGUGUUCCAACCCCUGGUCCGACUCUGGAUCUUACCAGUAUCACCAGCGGAAUUUCAGCAUCAUUUGGAGGCACAGUGACUGCAACUGGUGAUCCUCACUUGCAAAACAUCCAUGGUGAGCGCUUCGACCUGAUGAAGCCCGGGAACCACGUUCUGAUCAACAUUCCACGGGGAGGGCGUGCAGGGAGCGAGUUGCUUCGUGUAGAGGCCGAGGCCCGCCGAUCUGGUGGGGCGUGCGCGGAUAUCUAUACAUACCUGAAUAUAACCGGUGUGUGGGCGCAGGCGUUGCAGACUGGCGGUCUUCGCUUCCAAGCUCAGGAUGCGAGUGACAGGAGUCUGAAAUGGACAUCGUUUGGGAAGAUCGAACUCAAAGUCGCCCAUGGGUGCACGCAGCGGGGCGACCGGUAUUUGAAUUUGUACGUCAAGCAUCUCACGCGCGCUGGAUUCGCGGUUGGAGGUCUGCUAGGAGAAGAUGAUCACGAAGAUGCGGCGAUGUCUCCGGAGUCAUGCGCCCAGCGUCUGUCUCUUAUUCAGUCUUCGUUCUGAAUGUUGGGCGUCUUCUCGAUUGUAGAAGCAAUCUUCGCGGAGGAGGAGGAGGCGGACGAGGAGGACGAUAAGGAGAGGGUGGAAGAGCAGUGGGACGAGAAGUGUUUGAGCCCAGGCGACCAUUUGCGCGGCCCUGCUCUGUUAAGGCCCGUGGCUGCCUGCCUGGUCUUCUCGGCGGCGUCGGGAUCGUGUCGCUACACCGUUUGCAUGUCAAAA